CUCAAAACACACACUUCACAUUAUCCCCUAUAACUCAAAAUGAAAGACCCAGCAUUCGCCCCAGACCCCUCAUCUGCAGUCGACAUAACCACACAAUCCAUCCUCCUCCACGCCUCGCAACACGACCUCCAAGCUCUUAAACCCCUCCUUCGCGUCCCAGGAAACGCAAGCGUCCAGGAUCCAGAAACGGGAUAUACGCCUUUACACGCUGCUAUUGCUGCUUGCGGACCUGUGAAAUCGUCUGCGACUCAAAAUGGAGAGGAGUUUACAACUGGAGGGGCUGUGAAAGAGGGUGAGGGUGCCAACGAAGAGGAGGACGAAGAAGUCGAUAUUGAGAAAGUGAAGAAGGUCAUAGAGGAGCUUUUCUUCAGCGGCGCGAUAUGGAAUGAUCUCGAUGCGAAUAAUGAGACGCCUGGGUGCCUGGCGUAUAGGUUGGGGAGGAUGGAGUUAUAUGAUAUGUGUGUGAACGCUGGAGUUAGAGCGGAGUUGUUGUUGGGUCUGAUGGGUGGGUAUGAGGAGCUUGAGGGAGAGGAUACGGAUGAAGAGAUGGAGGAGAGCACUGAAGUCGAAACUGGUGUGGAAGCUAGGGAGGGAGAGACCGCGCAGGACACGAAUGGAACAACAGAGACUGCUACCCACGAACUCGCUGUCGGACCAGCCGAAGAAGUCGCCCUCUCCCACCAAAACGAAACACAAGCCCCCAAACAAGACGUCAAUUCCGCCGACUAUCUCGCCUCAAACCUCACCUUCACAGACUCCGCCCUCCUCGACUCCGACGCAAACGGCGUAAUGAUGUCCUGGGAAACCGCCAUCAUGCGACGAACCGUAGACCUCCUAAUCCCAGACCUCAAACCCGGCUCCCGAAUCCUCAACAUCGGAUUCGGAAUGGGCAUCGUGGACCGCAUGUUUCGGGACACGAAACCUGCCCGUCAUCAUAUUCUCGAAGCACAUCCCGCGGUCCUGCAAAAACUAGCUAGCGAGGAUUCAGAUUUUGGGAAGAGUUGGGAGGAGUCUGCCCCUAGUGCUGGGGAGGAAGGAAGUGGGAAGGAGGGAGCGUAUAGAAUCCAUGCGGGGAAAUGGCAGGAUAUCUGUCCGCAGCUCCUCCAAUCCGGGGAAGUCUACGAUGCUAUCUACUUCGACACUUUCGGCGAGGAUUAUUCCCAACUUAAACUCUUCUUCACUGAAUUCGUGCCCGGACUCCUGGAUGGUGAAGGCAGAUUCGGGUUCUUCAAUGGAUUAGGAGCGGAUAGGAGGGUGUGCUAUGAUGUUUAUUGUAAGGUGGUGGAGAUGGAUGCUUUGGAGGCGGGCAUGGAUGUUGAGUGGGAGGAGGUAUUGGGUUUUGGAAAAAUAUAGGUUGCCGGUGUGUACAUUCCUGGGUUAGAUGUUUGGGUGCGCGGUUUGAUGGUUGGUUGAUUGGGCGGUGGGGGCGGAGGAAAGAGUGAUAUGAUACCCUGCAUUGGAAUGGCGUCAAAAUGAACAUACAUAGACUCGAUGAUGUUGAAAGGAGGAUGAUGAAAUGAAGCGCUACUGGAAGCGUUACCUCAACUAGAAAAUUGCUCCAUAUAGAAA